UCCUUAGGUGUGCAAGGUGGUUGCUGCUUUUGCCCCUUCCAGCCUCUGCCAUGCGGGUAGCGGUGAUCGGAGCCGGUGUAAUUGGACUGUCCACAGCCCUUUGCAUCCAUGACCGAUACCACUCCGCAGAUCAGCCGCUGCAGGUGGAGGUCUAUGCCGAUGAAUACACUCCCCGCACGACCAGCGACGGGGCCGCGGGCCUUUGGCAGCCCUACCUGUAUGACAAAGGGAACACUCAAGAAACGAUCUGGAACAAAGAAACUUUUGAUUAUCUGCUUCAACAUGUGAAUUCACAAGAAGCCAAGGAAAUGGGGCUGUUUCUCCUCUCUGGAUACAACCUCUUCAGACAACCAGUACCAGAUCCGUCAUGGAAACAUACUGUCUUCGGAUUUAGGAACUUGACCCAGAAGGAGCUUGAGUUGUUCCCAGGCUACAGCUACGGUUGGUUUAACACCGCUCUGAUGUUGGAGGGCAAAAGCUACCUAACCUGGCUUAUGAACCAGUUGACCUCACGGAGGGUCCAGUUCUUCCAUCGGAAAAUCAAGUCCUUCCAGGAGCUGACAGCUCAAGGAGUGGACGUGAUUGUCAACUGUACUGGGGUUCGUGCUGGGGAGCUGCACCCUGACCCUGAACUGCGCCCAGGCCGAGGACAGAUCAUCAAGGUUGAGGCCCCCUGGGUGAAGCACUUCAUCGUCACCCACGACCUUGAAUCUGGGAUAUACAAGGAGCCGUACAUCAUACCCGGGAGCCGUGCAGUGACGCUGGGGGGUAUAUUUCAGCUGGGGAACUGGAGUACAGAGAACAGCCCACAGGACCACAGACAAAUUUGGCAAGGGUGUUGCAAGUUGAUGCCCAGCCUCCAGAAAGCCAAGAUACUGGAAGAAUGGAGCGGUCUACGUCCAGCACGCCCUAAAGUUCGGUUGGAGCACGAGACCGUUGGCCAUGGAAUGCUCCGAUCAGAGGUGAUUCACAACUACGGCCAUGGUGGUUUUGGGCUCACCAUUCACUGGGGGUGUGCCAUGGAAGCAGCCAAAUUAUUCGGGAAGAUCCUGGAAGGCCAGAAGUUGGCCAAGCCACCUCGGGCCAAUCUUUGAACACAUGGCAAAAGUUUAGGAAACUUCUCUGCGUACAUCUAUUUUUCUUCCUUCCAUCUUGCAGAAUUUGGGAGUCCAGAUCCUUUUCAUAAGAGUAUUUAACUGGGAUCCUCACUAAAGAACCUUGGCUGGGUAUACAGAGUAAAUAAGACUCCUUUUGGGGGGAGGUGAGAUGUUCCAAGACUGUUGAUUGAAAAAGAUUUGUGGAGCUAUUCCAUCUUUUCUUUCAUUUGGGGUUUUGGUACAAAAAUGUCAGACAUGGUGAUGGGAAAACAUGGGGAGUUGCCAAUGGAAAAUUUGGAACAUCAACCAUUGCACGGAUUCCUAGGUCUUAGUACAGAUAUACCCCGAGGUUUUUUCAUGGAUGCUGAGUUUUAUUCAUGGGGUGAGAUGCUCAGAGGGCUACCAGCCAUCUAAAAAUGCUUCCCUUUGGAUUCCUUCCCAGAGCAGGAGGCUGGGCCCCCUUCUGCUCUGUGGGUCCAUGCAACUUUCUCUUACACUUUUUCUUCUCAAAUGACAAGUACAUCUGCUUCCCUAUUCAUGUACGCCUUGCUUCUGGAUUCUAGCAGAGUUGCCCUCUAUUAAAACUUGUCAAAA